AAACAACACUUAAAUUUACCUAUAGAGAAAAAUAUCCCGAUGAAACUCCACUUUAUGAAAUUGUCUCACAGGAGAAUCUUGAUGAUAAUGAUGUCACAGACAUAAUAAAACUACUAGAACAACAGGCAGAAGAAAAUUUAGGAAUGGUAAUGAUCUUCACUCUAGUCUCAGCAGUACAGGAGAAAUUAAAUGAAAUAGUGGAUCAAAUAAAAACACGGAGAGAAGAGGAAAAGAAACAGAAAGAAAAAGAAGCAGAAGAAGAAGAGAAACAACGUUUUCAUGGCACUCCUGUUACCAUUGAGAAUUUCUUAAAUUGGAAAGCAAAGUUUGAUGCAGAACUCCUAGAAAUAAAGAGGAAAAAAAUGAAAGAAGAAGAACAAGCGGGCAAAAAUAAAUUAAGCGGGAAACAGCUGUUUGAAAUGGAUCACAACCUUGACACCUCUGACAUUCAGUUCUUGGAGGAAGCUGGAAACAGCGUGGAGGUUGAUGAAUCUUUAUUCCAAGAAAUGGAUGAUUUAGAGUUGGAGGAUGAAGAGGAUGACCCUGACUACAACCCUGUUAAUUUAGAUAGUGAUUAGACUUUUUUGAACUGGCUGUGUUGGACAUAUGUAUGGAGAGGGGGAUAGACAGGAAAGCCACAGCAUCUGUGGUUUUAGUAAUGUGCAUUGGUUUUCUUUUUUUUUCUUUUUUCCAAAGAAAAAAACAAAAUAUUUUAAAUCCAGGAGAAUGGUCUUCUGAUGACUUUCAUCGUAAAUAAAUUUACUUUAAUAUUUCACAUGAAAAA